UGGGCCAAGCGCAACAACGCUCCUGCUGCUGGCUUUUCCACUUCCAGACCGCAGUCUUCUGACUGGACCGGACGCGCGGUCUUGCUUCUAUCUCGAAACGUGUGAACUAAAGACAUCUUUUACCUUUUUUUUGCUUAUAACCGAGUGGACCGGCGUCAUCUUCCACCUUUAUAAAUUUAUUCAACAAAAUAAUAUUUUGAUUCUUUCGUUUAUAUUACUUUUAUCGAAUAAUACGUGUGUACCAGGUAUAGGGGAAAAAAGAAAGGAGAGAAAGAGUACUCUCUCUCAUUCCUGGUGUGCUUUCAUGAGAGGACGACGGUGCUUUCAUGAGGGAUUAAACAGCGAAGAAACAGCGGAGCCGUGAGACCAGUAGCGACAACAUGCGGGAGAAAAUAUGGCUUCUGCUCGCUUUGUUCGGAAUCUUAUUGAUCAAUGCGGUCACGGAUGGGAUGAAGGCUACGAGACCGAAAUUUAAAAUCGCCACGACUUCAACAACAACCACUACCGAGGAAUCACGGAUCGAGGAAAAUGAGAACGAAGAUGCCGUGACAACCUCAGUAACAAACUCAUCGGAAGGAAACGCAACAACCGGGCACACGUUAACAGGAAUUCCUCAAAUUGAUUAUAUUUGGGAUCCAAAUUUGCCGCGUGAAUUGAACGGCUACAAUCUGAGCGAUUAUCCAUUCUACAAUAGUAUUCCAGAGGACAUUGACUUCAAGUGCGACGGCUUGCACGAUGGAUUUUAUGCGAGCGUACCUCACAAGUGUCAGGUUUAUCAUCACUGUUUAUACGGCACACGUUAUGACUUCCUAUGUGCAAAUUUCACGGCAUUCGACCAGAAAACCUUCAUUUGCCAUUUCGUGUCCGAGGUCGAUUGCGCCAACUCAAAGAAGUACUGGCACAGGAAUGAUGCCCUUUACAAGGCGACAACUAGCUCAACGACCUCGACGUCGACAACGACUACAACGACUAUCGCACCUGUCACAGUGGCUUCCUCGUCGAAUGGGCGAGCUUCUUCACGCGAACGAGAUUUAAGACGAAGAAGACCAUAUUCAAGAAGGAGACCUUAUGAGUAUUACGAUGAGGAUUACUACGAUGACGAAUACACACGACCACGUGGAUACGACAGACGCGAUGAUUACGAAUACGAAGAUAGAAAAUAUAGAAGAGAUAGAGACAGAGAUGUCAGGGAUCGAGAUCGUGAUUUUCGUGAUCGAGAUACUACUAGAUCCAGGGAUACAACCAUAAGAGACGAAAGAGAUCGAGACGUUCCUCCUAGGGAAAGAUAUCCAACUAGAAAUAACAGAAGAGAUCAAACAAGGCAAAGAGAUCCACCAGAAGAAGAGACCAGAGGCUUGAAAAAUAGAGAACAAGAACAAUCUAGAUCGCGCGAAAUUGAGGACCCAGAAUUAUUGGAUGAUCGAAGAAUCGAUUCGAGGGUUAGAGAUAACGACGAUAGAAGGUAUUCCGAUAAAAGGUUCAGGGAUGAUUAUGAUGAUAAAGACUCCGGUGCUCUGCCAGGUCAAGGAUCGGUCGGUGUUACCGAAGGACUCGUCAAACCAGCUGCUCCGAUCACUUCGGUUUACUCCAGACCAAGGGCUCCUCCUAAAAUUCGAAGACCGGUACCAUUAUCUGAACAAGACCGCUAUGCAUAUAAGUCCACGUCUGCGCAAUCUACUGAAGAACCACGAAGACGACCGGUGGAUCUUGAAGACGAUUAUUACGAUGACGAGCUAGAAGAUGUCAGACCAAUGAGACGACCAAUCAGACGUAGACCGAGUUAUAGAGAAAGAGAUAGAGAUCGUGAUUUCUACGAUGUCAGAGAAAGAGAACGAGAUCGACCCUUCAGAAUUCGAUAUCGCGAGGAUGAAGACGAUAUACGACCCAGGAAGCAUCCCGAUCGCUCGAGAGACCGUUACUACGAAAGGGAACGAGAAAGGGAUCGUAGUUUGGAGCGUAGUAGAGAUCGAUCGGUUGAUCGUGGAAAGGAUCUCUCCGCUCCGAGAUCCUUGGAUCGCGAUCGUGUAAGAUAUCAAGACGCUGACAGAAUUGAGAGACCGUAUUCUUCGAAUCGACCUCUAGAAAGGGAAAAAGACAAUAGACCAACAACAGACGAGAAAUCUCGAUCGUCCUUCAGAUCGAAAGAUUUAUCAGAUAGUACAGAGACAUCUAGAAGACCUAUCUCAACGACGAGUACGACGUGCAUGCCGGAAAUGCCGGUGGUGCACGAAGUAAAACCGGAAACAAAACAAAUGCCUGUAGAUCGUUUCGAAAGACCGGAACGUCCAACGAGACCACCUCAGUCGCAUAACACCAACAAUAAUAACAAUGGUGCUCGGGUAUCAUUCGAAGAGAAAGAAGAAAAUCUUGAUGAGAAAUCUAUUAAGCCGCCUCCUCAUUAUACAAUCUACCAAGAACGAGAUCAAGAAGAAGAAGAGGAACAAGAUCAUCGAAACCCUCAAUUGCAACAACAUCAUGCAUCAUCUUACUCGGAUGAAUACUCUUCGGAGUAUUAUGACGAACCGGAGGAUCCACCAAUUCCUCCCCCAAGAACAACCGUACGUAUCGUCAAGAGACCAUUUUUACCAUCACGUGGUGGAGUUCCUAAUCCUAGAGGACUCUCACCGGUUGGUUCGAAAGCACCGAGAAGAGAGGAUGACAGAAGCACGGAAAGAACGAGUCUGCAACAUCAACAACAACAUGAAGAAAACCACAAAAGUUAUUAUGUUCCUGAGCAGGAAAGCAAACGAAUUAAUCAGGAUGGUAAACGCGAAGAAGAGAAGCUAACGUAUGACGCUUACAAAGUAAUUCAAAGCGAUCUCCAACAAAAACAAAGACAGGAAGAAUAUGAUGUAACUAUAGCCAGACCGAUAUUACGUAGACCUGUUGAAAGACAACGCGAAGAUGAAGAAACGAAAUCUUUAGAAUUAAAUCCUAUACCUAAAACACCUUCCACCGAAUCUUAUGAAAAAAUUCAGAAAACACUUGACCUAGGAGUGCCGACGAGUAACAACAAGUGGUCUACCGAACAAUUUAUUAGUAACAAAGAUAACAACGAUGGUAUAAUACCAACGUCUUCGGGAUCACCAGUUCGUAACAAAAGCAGACAACCCGUCACCGAAACUUCCAAUCUCUAUAGCUCGACUUACAAAGAUGAAGACAUCAACGAGCAACCUUCUGGACCAAGUAGUUACCGAGUGAAACAAAGGAUAAAUGAGGUGACGCAUAAACUUCAGGAUAUUCCGGAUAGCGAGUAUGACGUCACGCUAAAUGAUGCCCUGACACCGACAUUAAAUCAAGAAGCCAAUUUGCCGAGUGGUUUCGUUUUGCCUCUUCACAGACAACUCAGUAGAGACACGAUCUUGCAACCGUCCGAAGACAAUUACAAAAUCUCCAGACCAAUCGGCCAGCAACAACAAAAGCCGUUUGUACCGAGUCCUCAGUACGAUCCAGCACCAGCUGUCUCAAACGAAAGACAACGAACUGUUUAUUACAGAACACCGGAAUCAAUUCCAUACAGUGGACAACAUUAUAGACAACAAAGUGGACCUUGGCAAGAUUAUACCGGUUAUUAAAGAGAUACUCGUCGUAAAAGAGGGAUAAAAAUUGGAAGAAAAAUGGGAAGAAAAUCGAUCACAGAGUAAAUUCAAAGAUUUCCCAAGUAUUCGUUUAAGUUCCCAAUGUUAACUGUUCACAUACGAAGGUUCUCGUGAGAGAUUGGUUCGUGAUAAGAGGAAUUAUAUGUGGAUGGAUAUUACGUAAGAUUUAGCGGUUUCUUUGAUGUCUUUCAUUUCGAUUAACUACACAAUAUGAAAAAGAAAUAUCGUAAAAUAAUGUUCAAUACAGAAUUAAACGGUUAGCAAUAAGGAAAAAAAAAACAAAAAUUAGAUUAUACUGCGUGAAAUGUUGCAGAAGAAGCGUUCUUUUCUUUUCCUAUUUUUUUUUUAUUUAUGCAAGGUUGCCGAAAAUCAAAUUAUUAUAUUAAAAACAUUUCAAGUAAAAAAUAAUUUUAAAUCGUCGCUCCUAUAGAAUUAAAACGAUACAUUUCUUUUAUCAAACAAAGUAGUCGAUCUAACUAUAUUAGUGAAAUUUUAUAUUUUUUAAACGAUCCCUACAACAAUGUGCAUGAAAUAAAAAACCUCAUCUAAUACGAUUUAGUUGCCUAUCAACGAAUUUAUUUUCUAAACUACGAUAACUUUUGAGAUUUCUUUCACGCGGCCUCAAUUAUUAUUUUUUCUAGAGACGUUAAGAUAACAUAGAAAAUAUAAUCGACAAUGAGAGAGACCUUUUGGCCUUCAUCUCGUCGAUUAAACUUGUAAAUACACGUACAAUUAUCGAUAUCCUCUCGAAUUAAAUUAUUUCUUAAGAGCGAUAAAUAAUAUAGUUUUCUCCUAUAAAAAUGUUACUUACACAUAUCAAUUCGUUAAAUAAAAUUAUAAUAUAUUAGAUGUUAGAGCGAACACAGUGAACUUCCUGAGUGUAUAUCUUACAUCAUGAUAAUAAUGUAAAUUAUAUUAUCGAUACUUGCGUACAACAUAAACAAAUAUAAAAAGGAAUUUCAUUCAAGUAUUCGUCAUUUGAUACCUUCAAACAGCAUCCUUAACUAUAUUUAUAACGAUCACAUUUUUUUUCAAGCAAGACAGUGAAUUAAUUUAGUAAGAAGUUCGAAAAUGUUUAUUAUUAUAGUACAAAUGAAAUAAUUUACGUAACGAAAUAUUAUUAGGCGCUCUCCACAAAUAUCAAUGAACAAUCUGUAGGUCCGAAAAUAUAAAAUAUACCUUACAAUUAAAACAGUGAGCGCAUACCUUUGGAACCAAAUGAAUUUUAUAUAUAAGACUUACGCAUAAUUAUAAUAUUAUUCAAAUGCGGAGAAGUAUAUUAAAAAUAUCUGUAUUACGCCACACGUUAAUAAUGAAAAAAUUUAUGAAUACCGAGCUUGUGCUGAAAAAAAUAGUGUAUCAGUCAACAACAGACGUCCGUUAAAAUAAUUUACAUCACAGAGUUAAAAUGACAACUUACUAAAAAAAACCACGGAUACACAAAAUAUACGACAUCUUAUUCUUAAAAAGAAUCAAUGAAAGCUCAAAACUAAGCAAUUGUAAGAUUAUCUCGACGAAAUACGGAUAAAUAAUACUGUGACAAGUAUAUAACAUAUUUCAAGGAAAAUUUGCGUAUACGUGGCUAUUGCUAAAAACAGUUAACAGUUACGAUAUACAGUCAAAUCACUGCGAUGCGACAUUGACAACAACGUGAUAGAUGCGCGACACAACAAAUAAACAAAAGAAUCAUCAAGUAAUUCAUUGAUCUUAUUACAGAACAUAUGUUGCGGCAAAUAGAUUACUUAAAAAUAAUAAUAUAAUAAUAAUAAUAAUAAUAAUAAUAAUAAUAAUAAUAAUAAUAAUAAUAAAAUAAUUAAUAAUUAUUAAUAAUAUAAUAGUAAUUCGCAGGUAUCAUUCGUACAUACUAAAGUUUAAACUUGCGAACUAUAAAAAUAUUAAAUCUUGCCGUGAUGCAGACAAAUUCGCUUUUACUCUGCGCAUAAUAGCCAGAAUUUGUAUCUAUUUUACUUAUAGUGCGUAGUUCUGUACAAAAAUGAUAGAGUACAAGAAUAGGUUACACGCGUAUAUAUGUAUGUAUACGUAUAUAUAUGUAAAUAUAUAAAAGGUGAGUCGCGGUAAAUCUUAAAUGGUAAUUUUACCAUUUGAGAUUUCUCGGUUAUUUUUUAUUUUAUAGAACAAAUAUUAAGGGAUAAAGUUACUCUAUUGAACAAAUUUCUCCAGGGUCUAUAUUAAAUUUAUAGGUCAUUGAUAUAUAUUUUUUUAAAAAAUCUAUGAUUUCUUCUGUACGAAAUGAUUUUUUAUACUUUACUGAAUAAAAAAAUACUUUAAUACAACGUCGGAAGAUAAUAAGUUCCCAUAAUGUGAAUAUUAACAUAUUCAAGAUUAUAUUUUUCACAACUGCAACAAUGCAUGUGCAUGUGCAUUUGCGAAAAGAAUAAAAUUGUAAAUAUGUAGUCCACCAUAAACCGUUUAGUUUACUUUUUUAACAUUUUUAUAUCAUUCAGAAAGGCAAGAACAAUCAAUUCGUACAUAAAAAAUCAUAAGGUUCCGUUUAAAAAAAUACCGAUAAAACAUUCGUCCCAUUGUCAGAUGUACUCUUGCAAUAACUUAGUUGACCCUGAUCAUUGUUUUCCGCAAAAACAAAAAUAACGAAAUUAUUUAUGUGACAAUAAUUAUUUACUCAGCCUAUAUGCUGGUACAUCUCUCUCUAGUACGAAUAUAUAUAAAUAUAUAUAUACGCAGAAAUAUAUAAACUUACAUAUAUAUAAUUAUACAUAUCAUAUGUGUAAAUGUAAUAUGUCGCAAGUGCUUCACAAUUAUUAUUUGUGAGCGGAAGCUCAUGCACCUCAAGAAUAUAAUCUUCCUCUAGAUUAAAAUAUAGGACACGAUUCAUUGGCAAGAGUAUACGGCCGCGAUUGUUAAAGAAGAAUAUUUACAAAUUUUUCUUAUUAUAUUACAGAGAAAAAGACAUUGAGCACGAUUAUGAAAUUCAAUAUCAUUUUGGUAUAAAUGCAGGUGUUCCCAUAUGUCUUGUAAUUUGAAAGAUAACUCCAUCCAUGCUUUUUCUUUUUUUCUCGUUUACUUUUUUAUUUUUUAUUUUAGAAUAUCAUUUUACACCGUCCGUUCGACAAGGGACCAAAUACUAAUCUCAAAUUCACGGAUUCUUUGGUAAACGACGACAACGUUUUAAGACACAUCGUUGUAAAUCACCCGAAUUUAGAAUUAUUCUCCAAGAAAUAAGACUUUAUGAGAGAACAAUUAAUCAAUCGAACGUAACGCGAUUGUUAUAAAAACAAAGUUGUUAGCUACGAUAUUGUAAACAAAAUAGGCUCAAUUUAUAUACACGAAGGAGAAUAAUAAUUUGCUAAAAAAGUUGAAGUACAUUUAACAAAUUUUUCAGAAUUUAAUAUUCGAUAAGAUUGAAUGCAAUAUACUACUUCAAAAAAUAUGGCCAAUUCCGUUACAUACUUCUCAUUCAUCGCGUUACUAAAUAAAGAAUUCACAAUCAUAUCGAAAAUGAUAGA